AGCGGGGUCCCGGCACCACGGCGCUCGGGUUUUGUUUGGGUCCUGGGUGGAGGGCCCGGGUGCCGGGGCCCAGGUGGCGCCUCGCUAGCGGGAGAGGGAGCGGGAUCACCGGCCCGGAGAGAGCUCUCAGGGCCUGAGUGGGGCAGGAGGAUGCUUUCCCAGCCGCACCAUGGAGCUGCGCUGUGGGGGAUUGCUGUUCAGUUCUCGCUUUGAUUCAGGGAACCUAGCCCACGUGGAGAAGGUGGAAUCUGUGUCUAGUGAUGGGGAGGGAGUAGCGGGUGGUGCCUCAGCCUCCACCAGCAGCAUUGCCUCUUCCCCUGACUAUGAGUUCAACGUGUGGACUCGACCAGACUGUGCUGAAACAGAAUUCGAGAAUGGGAACAGGUCAUGGUUCUACUUCAGUGUCCGGGGAGGAACUCCAGGGAAACUCAUCAAGAUCAACGUCAUGAACAUGAACAAGCAAAGCAAGCUGUAUUCCCAGGGCAUGGCCCCCUUUGUGCGCACACUGCCCACCCGGCCACGCUGGGAACGCAUUCGAGACCGGCCCACCUUUGAGAUGACAGAGACGCAGUUUGUGUUAUCCUUUGUUCACCGUUUCGUGGAAAGCCGUGGGGCCACCACCUUCUUCGCCUUCUGCUACCCCUUCUCCUACAGUGACUGCCAGGAUUUGCUGAACCAGCUGGACCAGCGCUUUCUGGAGAACCACCCUACCCAUAGCAGCCCCCUGGAUACCAUCUAUUACCACCGGGAGACCCUUUGCUAUUCUCUGGAUGGACUUCGUGUAGAUCUGCUAACGAUCAGUUCCUGCCAUGGGCUUCGAGAAGAUCGAGAGCCCCGCCUAGAGCAGCUAUUUCCUGAUGCCAGCACACCCCGACCAUUCCGUUUCACAGGCAAGAGGAUAUUCUUCUUAAGCAGUAGGGUACACCCUGGGGAGACUCCAUCUAGCUUUGUCUUCAAUGGCUUUCUGGACUUCAUCCUUCGACCUGACGAUCCUCGGGCCCAAACCCUACGUCGCCUCUUUGUCUUUAAGCUGAUUCCCAUGUUAAACCCCGAUGGCGUAGUCCGGGGCCACUACCGCACAGACUCGCGUGGAGUGAAUCUGAACCGUCAGUACCUGAAGCCUGAUGCAGUCCUGCACCCGGCCGUCUACGGGGCUAAAGCUGUGCUUCUCUACCACCACGUGCACUCCCGUCUGAACUCCCAGAGUCCCUCUGAGCACCAGCACAGUCCCCAUCUCCCUCCUGAUGCUCCCCUUUCCGACCUUGAGAAAGCCAACAAUCUCCGAAAUGAAGCUCGCCGUGGGCACUCGUCUGACGGGGAGAACCCUGAGGCCUGGACACAGACCGAGCCAGCAGAGCCGAAGCGCCACAGCGUGUGGAUUAUGCCACAACAGUCCACUGAGGCUGAGCAUCCAGACCCCGACACCAUCCCCCCCAAAGAGAGUGGUGUUGCUUACUACGUGGACCUGCAUGGACAUGCCUCCAAAAGGGGCUGCUUCAUGUAUGGAAACAGCUUUAGUGACGAGAACACCCAGGUGGAAAAUAUGCUGUAUCCAAAGCUCAUCUCCUUGAACUCAGCCCACUUUGACUUCCAGGGCUGCAAUUUCUCAGAGAAGAACAUGUAUGCCCGAGACCGCAGAGAUGGCCAGUCUAAAGAGGGAAGCGGCCGGGUUGCAAUCUACAAAGCCUCAGGGAUAAUCCACAGCUACACACUUGAAUGCAACUACAACACUGGACGCUCAGUAAACAGCAUCCCUGCCGCCUGCCAUGACAACGGACGUGCCAGCCCCCCUCCCCCGCCGGCCUUCCCCUCCAGAUACACUGUGGAACAGUUUGAGCAGGUGGGACGAGCUAUGGCCAUUGCAGCUCUGGACAUGGCAGAAUGCAAUCCGUGGCCCCGAAUUGUGCUGUCAGAGCAUAGCAGCCUCACGAACCUCCGGGCCUGGAUGCUAAAACACGUGCGCAGCAGUCGAGGCCUGAGCACUACUGUGAACACGGGUGUCAACAAGAAGAGAGGCUCUCGAACUCCACCCAAAAGUAACAAUGGACUGCCUGUUUCCUGCUCUGAAAAUACCUUGAGCUGCGUGCGAAGUUUUAGCACUGGCACAAGUGCUGGUGGUAGCAGCAGCAGUCAACAAAAUUCUCCACAGAUGAAGAACUCCCUCAGCUUUCCUUUUCAUGGCAGUCGGCCUGCAGGGCUGCCAGGCCUGGGCUCUAGCACCCAAAAGGUCAGCCACCGGGUGCUGGGCCCCGUCAGAGAGCCCCGAAGCCAGGACAGAAGACGGCGGCAGCAGCCACUGACCCAUCGCCCUACUUCAAGCAGCCCGGCCCCGUCCCCAACUCCUGUUAGUUCUAACACAGCCUCUUUACACAUGGGCUCCUGCCUACUGCCCAACUCACUCAGCAUAUCAGGGAGCAGCUGCUCAUUCCUAUCCUCAGGGGACAAACCAGAGGCUGUCAUGGUGAUUGGGAAAGGUCUGCUAAGGGCUGGACCUCGGAUCCCCUGUAUCAGGACCCGACUACAGGCUAGGCCCAGGUUGGGCCGGGGCUCACCGCCGACUCGCAGAGGGAUGAGAGGCUCUUCGGGCCCCACGUCCCCUAUCCCCCGGACCAGGGAGAGCAGUGAGCCAGAGCCGGGACCCUGCUCCGUACCACGGCUGCCUCAGGCUGGGCCCCCGCGGCCCCGCUCUGCCCCUGCCUUUUCUCCUAUUUCCCGUAGUCUGUCUGACUCCCAGUCCCGGAUUUGUUACAGUGGGGGGCCCUUGGGCCAAACUGAGGUUUGUUUUGUCCCUAAAUCUCCUCCACUCACUGUUUCUCCCCGGGUCUGAUGCCUUGACCUUCUUGCCCAGCACAUGACCCCGAGAUGGGGAACACAGUGAGAAAUGUGCUAGUCGCCUUUCUCAGCUCCUGAUUCCCUGUGACAAUUAUAACUCCUUGGAACGCCAGCCACACUAUUCUGAGACAUUGCAGAGCAUCACCUUGAGACAGGACAAAGCAGGGACCUGCCACCCCUUCCCUCCCUCCCUCCACAGCACACGAUUUUGGGACCACAAAAAAAAUCUAUAUUUUUAUAUUGGGGGGAGGGAGUAGAAAAGAAAGUAGCCCUAUGCUGGGCCCUAUUCAGUGGCAGCUUCUUGUUCCAUAAGGUUAAGGAAGACUUUGAGGAAAUAAAAGUUGUUUGGAAAAA